AUGCUUGGUUAGGUUAUCUAAGUAGAGAAUUUCUAGACGAAACAAAAAGUGUAAUUGAAAAUAUCUCUGUCUAAAAACUCUAAAGAAAUUGACUAAAAGAUUAUCAAAAAAUUUAUCAAAGAAGUAGAUGUUGAUUUGGAUUACAUUACCAAUAAAUCUAUUUUAACAUAAUUAACAAUUGAAUAUAACAGAAUAAUUGGAAACGAUUAAACAUACAGUAUAGAGAAUGUUUAAAAUUGGAUUAAAUCAAAUGAAUUGAUUGAGCUCACUUAUGCAUUAAGAUGGGUAUAUGAAAAAUCUUCAGAAAAUGAAAGAGAAGAGAUUGAUAUUUAUUUUGAUACUAAUGAUGAAAUUCUAAAGAAAAUAGUGCUUUUAAAUAUAUGUUUGGAAUAGAAAAAAGAAAUUCCAAUAUCUAAUUUAAUUGAAUUAGUUAGUGAUAAUACAGAAAUAUUAUAUGGCUUAUCUUUAUAUCUUUAAAAAAGAAUAGAAAUCCAACAAGACUUUAAAAAAUAUGUCCCUUUACUUUUGCAAAUGAUUUAAUAAGGUGAUAAAAAAGCAAUUAAUUAAUUAAUCAUAGUUGAAUUAAUUGAAAAAGUUUUAACAAAAUUUUCAGAGUAGAAAAAUGAACUCUUUAAUUAAUUGAUAUUCAAUGAUUAAAUCAUUUAAUAAUUAGAAUGGUAAGAAGAUUAUAAAAAUUACACUUUAAAAGAAUUAGAAAACCCAAACUUCAGUCUAAGAAAAACAAAAUAAGCAUAUUAAUACACAAAAGAUUAAUAUGAAAUCAUAAUAUAGAAAUUUAAAAGUUAAUGGGAAGAAAAAAUAGCAGAAAUAAUCAAAUCAAGUUAAAUUUAGUAAGAAUAGGGAAAUUAAAUUACAAUGAGCAUGGCUGAUAUGUUUUGUUCUGCUGUAUUAGAAGAAAACUAACAAGAGGAAGAAAUUUCCCCUAUAAAGAGAAGAAAAACUAGAUUUGUAAGACCUAUUAAACCAGAUUCAAUUCCAAACCCAAUUACAAAUCCUCCACCUGCCCAAUCUAGUGUUCCUCCAUCAUUAUUAAUUUAGGGUCAAUCUGGUAUACCUCCACAAUCUGGUGCUCCUCCACCUCCACCUCCCCCUCCACUUCCACAAUCCUAGGGUAAAUCUGGUGCUCCUCCACUAGCUCCACCUCUACCUACACAAUCCAAGGAUUAAUCUGUUGUUUCUCUGGCACAACCACUUCCAAAACCAAACCCUCAAUCUGGCACUAAUCCCAUCCCUCCUCCACCUGGCACUAAUCCUCCCCCUCCUCCCCCUCCUCCACCUUUAAAAAGUUUAUAAUCUUCCGCCCCUAAAGUAGUGACUACUGAUCAAGAUUACGUUAAAUUUAGUAAUGUUAAUAUUGAAAAGAAUAUUGAUGGAACCAUCUGGAAAGCUCCACUACAAAAGUAUCAAGUUAAAAUAGAUAAAGAAAUUUUAAAAUAAUUUGUAAAAAAGUAAAAAUUAUAACAACCAAAAAUUGCAGAGGCAAAAGUUCAAUAAAAAGAAGUAGUAGAAUAUGUAAAAUCUGUUUUUCUGAAUGGAAUGGCAAUAGAAAUACUACGGAAAAUGCUCCAGAAAAUUAAUUUAGAUGAGAUUUUGGAAUAAGUAAAUUAACUUGAAUUUCUGGUUAAGAAUUAAGAUACUGAAAGUAGAGCAUAUAUUGAACAUCUCAACGCCGCUAUAUAAUUUAUAUCAGAGGAAAAUUUCAAAGUGAUUUAAAACAAUAUAAUAUAAGCAAAAAAAGAUAGUGAAGCAUAUGUAAACUUGAGACUAGAAGAAGAGGACUAAUUAUAAAAUUAAGAAAAAGAAAGAUUAAAAACUCUAAAAAUAGCUGAAAGAGUUUAAGCACUAUAAUAAUUAGAUUAAAAUCUGAAUAGUUAAUAGGAUGAUCUAUAAACUACCAUAGGCGAAUAUGAAGUUCAAAAAAUUCUUUCAUAGCUUGAACCAGAGUUAGAAUAAUAUAGAAAAACUCUUAUUACUACAGAAUCAGUAGAAUUGAAAAAUGUUAUUAUGUUACAAUUUGAAGAGGCACUUUUCAAAAAAUAAAAACUGCUUAAAUCUAAAAAGUUAUAAAUUUAAGAUAAAUUCUAAGUUCCUCUUAAUGAUAUUUUUCUGAAAGAUUUAUAUGAAAGAAAUCCUAGAAAAGCAAUAUAAAUUGAGGCCUUUUAUAAAGAGCAUCUUGAUCGUAAAAUCCAUAUUGAAAAUACAGUAACAUAAUAUAGUGAAGUGUUGGAAGAGUUGAAAAAGGAUGUGGAGUUGAUUUUGUAUUUCCAAUAUAUCAAAGAAUAUGGAAAAAUAUUUAAUAAAAUUUAAGUUGAUUAGUUUGGAUUUAAAUUUAAAAAUUUGAUUAAUUUCUCAUAUAAAACAUAAUAAUUAGAAGGUAGUUAAGAAGAAUUAAUAAAAUAUGUUGUAGAACAUAUGAUUAAACAAGGUAUUCCAUUUACGGAAUUAUAAAAUACACCAUUUAAGCAUCUUUCGACUUUAUCUUAAAAAAAUAAUGCUCUAUCAGAAAUUCAAACAUUUAUAAAAACAUAUAAAGAUCACUAGAUAUUCCUUCAAACCAAUUUACAAUCUCUAAGUCAAAAUGAAAAAAAUAAUGAAUUUAUCAAAAAAUCUAAUAAAUAUGCUUCUGAAUAUAAAGAAUUUAUAUAUUAAAUGGAAACAAUCUAUUCAGAUGAUUAAAAAAAUUAUUAACAAAUAAGACACUUCUUUUGUGAUGAUAGACAAAAUGUAGAAUCUCCAUAAUUCUUUGAGGAUAUAUUGUCAAUUAAAAAUUUGCUAAGAAAUUAUCAUGUUCAAAUCUAAAAUGAAAUAAAAAAGAAAAAACUAGAUUUAGCUAAAAGUAAAAAGAUUGGAUCAUGA